ACACAAGACACAUCUCUAAUAUAACAUCCUUCAGAAAACUCAGUUUGCUGUUUGGAUCACAGUUUUCCUCAGUUCCUCCGUUUUCCUCUUGUACCAUGGGUGUGGCAGACGAACUGUGUGAAGAGCUCUUCCGUUGGAUUGAUCAGCAGGAGCGAUGUGCAGAUCAUCUCAAGGCUUUGGCCACCGAGCUGGAGGACAUGAGGGAGGCGAUGACUGCAGGCCAGUUGGUGGGAAACACAGCUACUGUGCUUGGGUCUGCCGCUCUUGUUGGGACAGGCAUUGCAACAAUUCUGACUGGAGGCCUGGCUUUACCCUCACUGGCACUGGCAGCUGGAAUCACAGUCGGAGCGGGUACUGCAACUAGUCUUAUACUUACGCUUGUGGAGAAAUGGAAAUCUAGUGAAACAAUGAAAAAUGCAGAGAAAACUGCUGACAAAAUCUGGCAGAUUCAGAAGAAUAUCGAAAGGCUCAAGGAGAAACUCCAGAAGGAGUGUGAGAGUGAAGGGUUUGAGGUGUCAUCCUCCGAUGACGUGCAGUGUGAAAUCACAGCGAGGAUCCUGAGAGCCUUGGCCAAACGCAGUGGUAGAGAUCUGCCCCUCAGUCGCCUAAGACACCUCUUGAGAAGUGAUGGCCUGUAUAGAAAUCACACAUAUCUAGGGUUUUAUAUAGACUUUGCAUUCUUCCGCACGAUCGGUUCUUUCAUAGCAUACCUUGGAUAUUCUGCCAUCUUUCUGAAAACAGCAGCAACAAAAGGACAAAAAUAUUAUGCUCCACUUCUUGUGAAAGUUACUAAAGAAAUGGCUGAUGUUUCACUGAAAGCGGUGUUAAAGGGAACAGGCCAGGCCGCAGGAGGAAUCUUUGGGCUGAUAUUAACAUUUCCUGAUCUGAUUGAUAACUGUGAAGAACUGAUUAAAAACAAACAUCAGACUGAAGCUAGCACAUAUCUGAAGACAAAAGCUAAAGAAAUCAUUGAGACUGUGAAGAAAUUAAAAAAGCCAUUGAAUGAAUUGCAAGAGAUGCUCAAUCAAAUCCCUGAAAUGGAGUGUCACAUUGAUUUGGCUCAGGAGAUGCUUGGAUCUCAAAUAUACACACGAGGCACCAUCUGUAUGGAGUAUACACAGAGCCAAAAGCAGGACACGAAGACACAGGAGUUUAUUCUCCUAUGCACAAAAGACAUAGGAGUAACUAAGAAUUGCUCCACAGGACAACACAAAUCGGGUGACAACAAGAACAAAAGACGGAAGAAGGAGGCUACUUCAACUAUAGACAGGAGUCUUAAUCAGGAGAGGAAACCUGCUUUUCAGAGGAAACCACCACACAAGUCUAAAACAAAAGUAAAGAAAUUUCAGUUCCGCCUUCCUAAAAUAAUGAUGUCUAAUGUGCGUUCUCUUCCGAACAAAAUAGAGGAGCUCCGAGAAAUGAUGGAAGAUGUGGAAAACAUUAAUUCCGAUCUGAUGUUCUUCACAGAGACAUGGUUGAACGAGAACUCGCCCAGCAUUAGCUUCGAGGGAUAUAGGUCUUACCGGGUUGAUCGUGAUGCACGGCUAACUCAGAAACGUAGAGGAGGGGGAUUGAUGGUGCUUGUGAAUAAGGCCUGGGCGACUGAUGUGGAGGUGGAAAACAUCAUGAUAACUCCUGAUUAUGAGUUAAUGGUCGUGUCCAUUAGACCACAUGACCACCCUGAGGAUGCGCCACCACUUACCUUCAUCCAUGUGUAUAUCCCUCCAGGAACUAAUAUGAGUCAAGCCGCCAGAGACAUCGCUGGUGUUUACUAUGAUGUUCUGGAGCAGUAUCCUGGUGGUCCUGUUUUCUUGUUGGGUGAUUUCAACCACUGUGACAUCAAUCAUCUCUUAGACCUGGAGCAAUACGUCACAUGCCCAACCAGAUACAGUAACACCCUGGAUAAGUGCUAUGGGAAUGUGCCAGGGGCUUAUAGAUCUGAAUGCAGUCCCCCUCUUGGCCGGUCAGACCACAAUGUCAUUCAUUUGAUUCCUAAAAAGAAGUCGGAUGGAAGUGACCCUUCCAAAGAUGAGAAGUGUACACAUGACAGUACCAAAUCCAGAAAGCAAUGA